AUGGCCACAAGACCACUGGAUGGCAGCGCACCAAUCACGCCGCGCUCUGCGCUCUUGUCAGAUGUCUCUGCCGCAGCGCAAUCCACAAGUUCGUCACCAGUCACUGGCGAGACUCAACGCAUGGCUGCACAGAAGGUCAUGCUUGGACGGUGGCGGGCCCGUCCCGUUAGCCGCGCGAUCCAGGCGGGCGAGGCAUCGCGACCACAUCUCGACGAUUGCUUCAUUUUUUUUUCUCUGCCGUACGCUCGACGACAACAAGACUACCUGGGCCCAACUAUCGGUGUCCGCCUCUCUUAUAUAGGCUCGCUAUUUGCAAGACGAACCGGUUCUUUUUGGAGGCCAAUACCUCAUGCAUAA